UUGAAGAAAAUUUAAUAAAUGAAGGCGUAUUAUUAUUUAUAGAUGCUUUAGAGACAAAAAGAAUAAUGCCAUUUUCUUAUAAUUAUCAACCUAGCUGCGGGAUAGUCAAAGCCCAUAUACAUAUAUCAAAUAUAUUCAUUUUUUUUGGUUGACAACCUAGGAGAAAAGAAAAACAUUUUUUCAUUCAUUCUUUAAUGUAAUCUCGUAUAAAGAAGACGCCUUUUUCUUAUUUUCUGAUUAAUUUGCUAUUUGGAAUCUGAAUAUAAUAAUUGGAGAAAAUAAAUAAUAAAUCGUUUAAAAAGGAAAUUUAAUAUAAUUAAUAAAGAAGGAAAUAAGGAAAUUUAUUUAAUAAAAACAAUAGAAAUUGUUUGGAAAUCUCUAUUGGAAAUUCGUUACCAACGGUCAUUUUUAUUCUAUUAAUUUUGGAAUUCUUUGGUAAAAUUUAAUAUUGAUCAUGUGACUGCAAUGACCAUUUAUCAAUGGGUCUGCCUUGCAGACACAUUUUUGUGGCCAGGGAGCAUUUAGACAUUCCAUUAGCGGACAAUGAAUUAUGUCUUGUAAGAUGGACGCAAGAGUAUUACUUGAAAAAUCAAAGAGUUUCUGCAAAUUGCGAAGAAAAUGCAAAUCAAAUCAAUCCAAAUGUCAAUAUUUCUGAUAAAGAAAAAAAAAAGGAAAAAAGGAAACCUUUGUCCCAAGGCCAAAAGCUGAAGAUAGGAAAAACGGAGUUAAUGGAAAUUAAUUCUUUAAUAUCUGAACUAUCAACUAAUAAAUUUUAUCAAUUUAUUAACUUCUUUGAAGAGGUUAAAAGGCGCAUUCUAAUGAAUGAACCUGUUGAGUUGGUUAACAAUAUUAUACUCCCAGAAGACAAUGAAAUUGAUCAAGAAAAUGAAGCUUCAAUACCGGAGAACGAUGAAAUCGGACAAGAAAAUGAAGCUUCACUUCCAGAGGACGAUAAAAUUGAUUAAGAAA